AUGGCCCUGCACCAGCACCACGCGGGGUCGGCGUCCGGGUCGGCGUCGGCGUCCAGCUCCAGCUCGGGGCUGCACCUGCCCGCCUCGCCCUUCGGGGACACCACCCACACCAAGCUCUUCGUCGGGGGCCUCGCCUGGGAGACCACCAGCGAGAGGCUCCGCCGCUUCUACGAGCGCUUCGGGGACAUCCUCGAGGCCGUCGUCAUCACCGACCGCCACUCCGGCCGCUCCAAAGGAUACGGCUUCGUCAGAGUUUCAUGGUCGUCUCCGCAGGUGACCUUCCGCGAUGCUGAGGCGGCCACCAAGGCCUGCGAGGAACCGUCGCCGGUCAUCGAUGGCAGGCGGGCCAACUGUAACCUGGCGUCGCUAGGUCGCGCCCAGCCUUCCACACCCCUCGGGCGGCCAAGAUCAGCUGGCUCCUACUUUGGCGUUCCCGUCCCAAGGGGCAUUUAUGUAGGGGGUUAUGGUCAGCAGCGACCACUUCCGAUUGGGUACUACCAGUAUCAGGGAUUCCCGGUUCCACAAUACAGUUACUCCACAUAUGGGACUGAAUACAUCUAUCCACAGGGUACAUUAAACCCAUAUGUUGGUCAGCAAUAUGUUCCAGUUUAUGGUGUCUCAGCUGCAGCAAAUACUGCUAACCAACCAUUUAGCCAAUUGAGCCCAUCCAUUUCUGGUGGGGGCAACGGCUAUCCGAUGAUGCAUGGUUACAGUAUGCCAGGAAAUCAAUUUGUGCAUCUCACUGGGUCAAACUUAAUUAAUUCAUCCCCAACAAAUCGUCCCACCAUUCAGGCUCCCUUUUUAGUAGCACCAGUUCCCUCCCAUCCACACUUGGUUGUACCAGCCCACUCACCUCAGUUUACACAAGCUAGUGGUUCAGACUAA